CGAGGCUCUUCUGGGCGUAUACGAGUUUCAAAGUUUUAGCGUCUCCGACCCGCAGCACAUCAAAGGCUGAAAGAUGGCGACUGGCAAGAAAUGAAAUUGGAAAACGACAGUGUCAGCUCGGAAUGGCAUGGUUUACGGCGGCCGGACUGAGGCUCGAAUGCGAGCCAUGGGAUAUAAAAGAGACCGAAUAUCUAGGUUGAAAGGUUCGAGUGAAAAGUGCACCGGUUUUGUCAAACUUGUCCUCGACAACCAUUCGUUCCUUUAUAUUUUCCUUCUGAAGACAUUCGCUCGUUUUGACAUAUUUUUUGUUUCUCGUCAAAGGGAUAUCAGCAUUCCAUUCACCCUGUUUCGAAACAAUGAUGUUUCUUAAGUCCGUUCUCGCCCUAGCGGUCGCUUCAGUCGCGACUGUCCAGGCGGCCCCGGUGAACGAGGAACGUGCAGCUCCUUCUCCUGUCCCUUCCCCGCUCUCUGCUGCCCCAGCCUGGCAGGCUCGUCAUGGCCUUACCUCUAAAAAGUAUCAGAGCACUUUCGACGACCUCCUUUCUCAAGGCUAUCGCCUUACCUAUGCCAGCGGAUACACCGACAACGACAGUCCUCGAUAUGCGGGUAUCUGGAAGAAGGUAUCCACCACUGCAUGGCAAGCAACCCAUGGCCAGAGCGGCGCUCAAUUCGAUAAAACCUUCUAUAAGCUUCGGGACCAAGGCUAUCACCCCGUUGUUUUGAACGGCUACACUGUCAAUGGAGAUGACAAAUAUGUAUCUAUUUGGGAUAAAUCUAAGACUGGACCAUGGGAAGCACGGCGUGAAAUGAGCCAGGCGGGCCUCCAAAAGGUCUUCAAUGAGUUGAAGAGCAAGGGUUACCGUAUGGUUCAUGUUAGCGGAUAUGCUGUUGGCAAAGAGGCUCGAUUUGCUGGUAUUUGGGAAAAACGGGAAUCUGUCGCAUGGGAAGUUCGCGUUGGACUCACUAGUUCGCAAUACCAAACCAAGACGGAGGAAAUGAAGGCGAAGGGAUUCCGACCUGUCCAGGUCAAUGGUUAUGCCGUCAACGGAAAAACCUAUUAUGCUGCUAUCUGGGAGAAGGACAACAGUGUCGCCUGGCAGGCAAGACACGGCUUGACUUCCAAGAGAUAUCAGGAGGAGUUUGAUAAGCUGAACAAGCAGGGAUAUACGCCCACCGUUGUCAGCGGCUAUCCUUCCGGAGACUCGGUGAGAUACGCGGCUAUCUGGGAGAAGAAAUGAGAGCUAUAAAGACCAACAGGGAUGAAGAUAUUUAAUUACUCUCCAACUUACAUUGAUGAAUGGCGGUAUACGGCAGCAGGCUGUAAAUAUUUUCCAACCAAGCACUUUGUGCAAAUAUAUUAUUUUGGCAAUUGCAUCUGUUUGCUCUCU